UACGUUGAAGUCAAAUCGCAUCAAGUAGUAGUUUUGUAUGUAAUAUAAAUUUCAACCUACCAGCAAAGUAUGAGAAUGUGAAAAGUUGCUCCUCAAUAUUGACUCUCUUCUUUUUUUUCAAGGUAAUAACGAGAAACAUAUUUAACAUCAUGAAGUUGUUUCCACGGGUAGAAAUUGCGGAAAGCAAUGAUGAUUCUGAUUCAGAAAAAUCAGCCAAUUCAAUUUCGUCUGCCGAAGAUAUUCAACAAACACCAUGUGUUUCGGGAAAAUAUUUCCCUCUCAGCCUCCCGAACAUUGCUGCUUCUAUGGAAAGAUUAAAGAAUAUGUUAAAUUUUGUGCAACAACGUUCUAAUACGACACCGAUGUUCCCUCUACCUGUUCCCACCCUUGGAUCAACCCAAAUUUCAACAGUUUGCGAUGCUUUGGCGGAAAAUGGAGACAUCGAAAGGCUUGCUCGAUUUUUGUGGUCCCUGCCCGCGACACCUUCAAUUAUGGAAGCUUUGCAAACAGACGAAUCAAUUUUAAGAGCAAGAGCACUUGUAGCAUUUCAUCAAGGUAACUUUAGAGAAGUCUAUGGUAUUUUGGAACAACAUAGAUUCACUGAUGCUGCAUGGCACCAUCGAUUGCAAGCGAUGUGGUUAGAAGCUCAUUAUCAAGAUGCCGAAAGAUCACGAGGCCGUUCACUUGGUCCAGUUGACAAAUACAGAAUAAGAAAAAAGUUUCCAUUACCGAGAAGUAUUUGGAAUGGAGAACAAAAAAGUCAUUGUUUCAAAGAGAGAACAAGAAAUUGUCUUCGAGAAUCUUAUCUCCGAGAUCCAUAUCCAAAUCCGAGCAAAAAGCGUGAACUUGCAAGAUUAACUGGUCUUUCGCCUACUCAAGUUGGAAAUUGGUUCAAAAACAGAAGACAGAGGGAUCGUGCUGCUGCUGCGAAAAAUAGAGUUAUGCACCACGAACAAAAUGGCGGAGAUCACAUGUCGUCGACAUUAAAUAUUCAGCAAGGUACAACGCGACAAAAUUCGAUCGAAGAACAACUGAAUCACUACAGAGAGCUAUCAAGUCCAGGCGAUCUCGAUACUUCUAAAAAUGUAUUAGGAUUUUCAACGCCAUCUCCAACUCUUAAUGAUCAAAAUACGUCAACAGAACUGAUGAUGUCAUCGAUGUUUCGUCAAAAAACUAAUGAUUCCUCACCGCAAAAAAAUUCGGAGAAUUCAGAGCGUUCAGCAUUUGCUGAAUUCAGUAAAUCUUCGAGUUUUAUGUUAAAUCACCAUGCGUUUCUACCCUUUGGAGACACUUUGGGUAGCCGCAACAAUCCCAACUUCAGAAAUACUUUCGGAUCCCCGGAAAAAACCAUCGACAACACCGACGCACAAAAUUUGAAUAUUCACAAAUAAUACUACAAGAUUUUUGUUAUUGUAUAAUUUACUCAAAUAUCCAGAUAACAACAUAUGGAUGAACUGUUUCUUUGAAUAAUUUCAAAAUAAUAAUUUUGAAUAAUUUGAAUUAAUAAUAAUAAUGAAUAAAAAUAAUUUCACGUUGAAUAUACAACCUACAAAUCGUCAUAAUAAGAUAUGAGAGUUGUUUGUAUUCGUGAAUGCGUUGCAUAAUGUAGUUUUUAUCAGAUUUUAAAAGAAUUCAUUCGUAUUUUAUUUCUGAAUGAAUUAUGUCGAAUUUGAAAUGGAGCACUCAUUGGAAUGUUUUUUUCAUAUUGUAAUAUAACUGGUAACUUUUAUAAUAAUAAAUACUGAUGUAUGAACAAAAAAGUUGCAUUGGCGUGAUUCAAUGGUUUCGUUAGUUUAUAGCUAUAACAAUAAAAUCACAAUUUAGUUGAAUAAACUAUUUGCUUGAAUUGUUUGUUUCGAAUUCAAAACGUUGGGUUUUGGCCAA